UAACACAUUUGUCCUUGAAAGGCAGAGCCCAGGAAAUGGGGAGCUCUCUGAACACUCCUCCAUUUCUGCUAGGGACCAUCCGCCCGCGCCGCCUCAUGUCACAGGAGGCCCCGCCUCGUGUCACAGGAGUCCCCGCAGCGCCCAGCGAAUGUGUUUACUUCUGCCGCCAGCCCUGCGGGGCAGGGGAGACCGGCCGCCUGCCCCUCACUUUCGCCCCUGCACUUUUCCAACCAGACCGGGCGGGAUGGGAGUGUCUUCUUGGCUGUGCAACUCGAUCCUCCCACCUUGUCCUGAAGCCACCCGCCGCCUCUGCCCGGCCCGCCCCUCGUGGUGAUUUUCCUGUCCCGGCCGCCCCGGGAGGGCGCGCGGCUGGAGUCCGCCCAGCCCCAAAGGCAUGUCAGAGAUCAGUUGAGAACAUGAAAAAGCCCUCGGAUCAAACAGCAGCCCAACAAUUAGGCCUGUUGGUAAUGAGAAACUAUGCAGAGCAGAUGAGACGACCGAGUUCUUUCUUCAGCAAAGCACUUGCAAAGGAAAAACCAGCACCACCCUCUGUCUUGGAUAAUUUCUGGGGGAGAGGCCCCAGCGAUUUAGCAGAAGGCCUCCUGAGCCUCCCGCACCACCUCCUUCACCUUCAGGAAGAGAGGGCCUUUGGGGAACAGAUUCCUAAACUUGCAGGGCGCGUCCCGUGGAGAUGCAGCCGAGGAAACGCAGCCAGCCGUGCCGCGAGAAGCCGGCCUUCGCCUCGCUCCUCAGAGGAACCUUUUCGACUUGCUCUGUCAGCGCUGCAGAGUUGUGAUCUCUUUGACGAGUUUGACACAAUCCCUUCAUCUCAGCUAACCUGUCAUGCUGUGCCAUGCGGACUGAGAGCCAACCCCAGAGCAGCGCGGGGACGUCCUGGAGGUGGUCAGUGGCAGGAAGGAUGGAUCAUCCAGUCCACCCCUCGUUUGAAAGAUGAGGAAACUGAGGUCAGAGAGGUUCCAGGGCGCUUGGAGUUCAGAGGUCUCCAGACUUCCUCUGCUCUCCAGCUCCUCCUUUCCCAUUUUAACCAGCAGAAAAAAGAAAGGAAAGAUUCCAAAAUUGAAAGUCUUAAACUGAGCAUCAUCUGAAGGGGGAAGGGAGAAGAGAAUUCUGGAAUUGUGAAUUCCUUUGGAUAUGUUCUUUAGGAUUUCCAGGAUUUCUUCAUUAUUUAGCAUAACUUAUGCCUUUAUCCUUGAGCUCAAACUAUUUUUUAAUAAGAUGAUCUUUAAUGCUUUUACAGGGUUAAACUCAAACAUCCCCAGGGUACAUGUGUAAAUCCAUGGAAAACACACACGUUAAAUAGGGGUUUUUUUCUCUUAAAGAUACAUGAUUCUGAUAGAAUCUUCUCUGAACAGAUACUACAGAAAAACACAUUUCUCUUUCCUCAACUCUCACCCUGAAGUUGUACAGUAGAUGUGCCAAGUGGCCUUGUCCCUAGUCUGCCUCUGAGCCAGCUGAUGCCAAGUAUGGGACAGAGGGAACGUCUCAGAGAGAUGUUGACAAAGCAUUUCUUUUUUGUUAUUGAGGUGAAAUUCACAUACCAUAAAAAUAACCAUUUUAAAGUGAGCAGUUCAGUGGCGUCUAGUGCGUUCUCGACGUUGUGCAACACCACCUCUCUCUGGUUCCAGAAGACAAACCCUUUCCCAGAGUGACUGCAGCGCCCUCGUCACACUUGGUUGCUUCCUUCCAUGGUCCUCCUUUCAUGGGGACACUCGGACUAGCUCUCAGACCAGGAGCUUGGCAGGAGAGCAGUCAUAAUAAGGAUAGAAAAGGAUGACCUGAAAACCAGAUUUUUUUGGAGGGGAGAGGGAGUAAGAAAGCGGGGUGUGGGGAGAGGGGGAAGGGUUGGGGGGCACUUGUGAAAAAGCACUUGAGUCAGCAGGUGUGUCCUGACUGCUCUUGACCUUGGGCAAGCUUCCAAGUUUCUGAAACUUGGUUUCAUGAGAAAGGCGGGGUGGAAUUAUCCGUGUGCAUGAUGCCCACAUCUAUUUUAAUAGUUAAUAGUUAAGUCAGUGUAACCUCCAGAGGAAGCUGGCUGAAGGGCAUACAGGGCUUCCCAGUACUACUUCUGCAACUUCCUGUGAAUCUAGAAUUAUUUCGAAAUCGAAAGCUUAAAUUGAAAACAUGACCACAGAAAAACUUAUACAUGAAUGUUCAUCGCAGCAUAAUUCAUAAUAGGCCCCAAAUGAAAAAACCCAAAUGUGCAUCAGCUGCCAGAUGGAUAAGCCAAAUGUGUAUCCAAACAAUGGAAUAUUAUUCAGCCAUAAAAAGGAAUGAUGGACUGACACAGGCUGCAACACGGAUGAAGCUUGAAAACAUUAUGUUCGGUGAAAGAAGCCAGACACAACAAGACCGCGUAAUGUAUGAUUGCAUGUAUAUGAAAAGGCCAGAAUAGGCAAGCCCGUAGACACGGAGAGCACAUUAGUAGUUGCCAGAGGUGGGGGAGGGAAGAAUGGAGCGCGACUGCUACUGGCUUUGGGAUUCCCUUGUGGGGUGAUGAAAAUGUUCUGAGUUAGAUAGUGGCUAUGGUGGCACAGCUUUGUAAAUAUGCUAACACCACUGAAUUUUAUUAUUUUUUUUAAAAGGGUUAAUUUUAUGGCAUGUGAAUUCUGUUUCAAUUUAAAAAAUAAAAAGCUUUGAAAAAGGAGGGGGCUGAGGUGGCCUCUAAAUUCCUUCCAGCCUCCCAGGCCCUCUGCUCAGAGGGCGCUGCGAGCCACGCCGAGAACAGAUGGUUCGGGGUGACACAGCUCGGGUGCUCUCAUCACCUUUUGUCUGCACUGCUGCUGUGGCUUUCUCAGGACUCGGGGGCCUCUCUUUAUUCUCGAAGCACAGUGCACAGAAGGGGGUCAUGUUCAACACGCUCCACUAAUGGCGGAGGGCCCUUUCAGUGAACUGCAUCCAUCACAGCAAGGUGGCGUUGCCAGUGUGCCCCGUGCAGAGGCACCAGCCCUCCGGCCCCAGCUCCUGGCACCAGCCUGCGCCCUGGGCCCGGGCUUCUCCUCAGUGGGAGCAUGUCAGCUGCAGCAGAACAGCAGAGACCCCAAGCACAGGAUCUCGGCUCCUACUUAAAAUGCACACACCGGCCCCCGCCCCAGCAGCGGGGCAUCCUGAGCGCGCCUGGGCUCCGGUGCAGGGUGCCUGCGGCUGCCUGGGUGGUUAUAGAGUAAACCACACGUGCACGUCUCCCAGCCCGAGCACCACGCCAAGUCAGGUGCCUGCUAAAUGGACGGGGACUUGUGACUCUGCCUGGCUGCUCCCCUAGGCGGAAUGCGUUAUGUCAGCAUGAGCAGAGCCAGGUCCAGUGGCCGCCAGCGAGGUGGGAGGGGGGCCUUAGACAACUUAAAAAGAAGAAAAGGAAUUAGAGGUUAGCAGUAUACUUAUCAAAAAGAGCCCAGACUCUCUAAGGGUUUGCAACGUCUGCGUUGCUACUCUGGCCAUCCUGCUGUCGGGCAGGGUUUCUUUACAUGGCAGCAAGAGGGGAACUUGAGGCUGAGGGACAUGGAGAUUCUGCACAGGAAGGAGUCCUGUGUGGGGGGGAGGCAGCGGCCCCACCACGUGUUCUGUAGCAACUGCUCUGGUGAGAUGCUGGGCGAAGAUAAGCCUGGAAGGCAUGCAGCAGAGAAUAACGCUCACGGCCUGGGCCGCUCCCUCCCUGCACAGAAGAGCAGACUGAGAUGGAGAGGUCCAGUAGCGGGGCCUGGGGCCCGGGGAUGCUGAGUGGGGGAGCCGGAGCUAGCAGCCAGCUCUCCACCCAGUCCACUGCACAGUAUUUGAAGAUCUUCACUGCGAAUAACAGUCUACCUGAUUAAGAGUGAUUUAAAUAACGUCGACAUCUGUGAUCUCCCAUAUCGCGUAGGUGUGUGGUUUCAGGUCUGCAGGUCUGUGGUUCCAGCUUGCAGGGCUGCAUGUGGCAGCACAGACUGGAUUGCACAACUCUCCGAGUGCCAGUUCAUAUGGGUAGUUCUCUGAACAGCACACCUGCAGUUGGGCUGUGUACGGCCUGCACAUCUACAGGGCGUGGUUCUAGUUAGGAGAUUGAGUUAGUGAGUCGGUGAUGUCAGCGCAGCUUGUCUGGGGCUCACUCUGUCUUUCCCUUAGUUGCAACAUGGCUGCAGCUGCUCUCACCUCAUGUAGUCACAUGUCCACAUCUAAGCAGAAAGGAAGGGUGGAAAAAAAAAAGUGUUCUGCUCAAACCAUGCUCUUGGGGGGGUAAAACCUUUUCCAGAGCAUCGAAUAGACUUCCCUAACUUAGUGUUCAGGGUGGCUCACGUGGCCACCUCUAACCAACCUGUUGGCAGAGGAUUGUGCUCCCCACAUAGGUUUGUGAAAGCAGGACUCUGCGAGCGAGACUCAAGGGGUAAUGUGUGCUGGGAAUAGGACCAGAGUGACCUAUGGUCACAGGCUACACUGAAGGACGAGUGAUAUAUUCUAAUGUAUCUAAUGCUGAAGAGAAAAGUGGGCGUUGGGAAGCAUGCGGAAAAAGAGGAUCCCAGGUCAUUUGAGACCAGCACGGUUCAUGCCUGCUGUCUCGAUGUUGAUGGUGCUGACGGUUCUCACUGCAGAGAGCAGGAACUCCCCUGGGUUUGCCUGCCUUGAUGAGGAAAGUGCCUUCCCUCUGGGGAAGUGCAAGCUCUCCCGGUUCCAUCUCCGCAGGGUCAGGCUCUCUGGAAUGCUUUUGCUUUCCGGGGGCUGUUGGGGCAAGUGCAUCCCCUACCACUUUCCAUGGCAGAAGAAGGACCAGAGGGAAAGCAGGAAGACGACCCCACACUGAAUGCCACCACCAGACCGAAUUUCAAAUGUACAGCUUGUGAAUCAGGAGGUUGUAGACUGGAGGACACAGACAAGUGGUUCGGCUCCUGCCCUCCAGGGCCUCACAGCUCACCGCAGCCAUUUGCGCAUGGAAGUCAUGGUAACUAAAUACAAGGAAGUCACACAGUCACCUGAUGACAGUGGAAGUUGUUGUUUGACAUCUAAGGAAGAGGGGAAGCCAGGAGCCUAGGCUGGGGGAGGAAGAUGCGGAGGGGGGACUCACUCCUUUGGUAAUAUGUGGGUGCCUGCUGGGGAGGAGUGGGCUCAGACGGUGUGUCUGUCCCAUUACGUAUUGCCACUGUGGAUUCCAGCUGCAGAUCAGAUGAUAUUACCAAAGGGUGGUCCUAGGGUAACCCCUAAAGGAGUUUCUAGUGUUAGAUCUGAUCCUCAGAAACAUGUGUGGGUCUUUGCAAUGUCCCUCACCAGGAGGAAAGUGAAGUUUCAUUGACAAGAUUUCCUUUCAAAGGUGUCAGCAACCUUUUCCUCUGGCAAAGAGCCUCCUGUCCUUCUGUCUGUCCCUGCAAAGCUGGCAGAGAAGAAGAUGGAAAGUGGAACUCCUAAAAAUGUGGCGGCCGUUGAACUUAAAGUAUCUUUGGAAUUGAAGUUUUCUUGAGGCAGGCAGUAUCUAUAUGAGUUCUUUCCAUUUCUCUCAAGUCUUUGAACCUGCAGGGACCAUAAGUGGGAGGAGACUGGAGAGGCUGGAUAUGACCUUCUCUGUAGCUCAUCCUUGGGACUCCUGUGGAAGAGAUACGCCUGCAGCCCUCGACUCCCCCUCUCCUCUUAGCUGGGAGGCUCAGUCGGGUCCAUGAGAGGAGAUCCAGGACCUUGAGACUGACUGAGGUCCAGGGAUGUGACAUACUAGUAUGACAAAUGGUAGCUACUCUCAUCACCAUGCCCUUUGGCCACAUGUGCUCUAGGGCUUGAUGACAAUGUGAUCUAGCCUGACCUAGACAACAUUGAGAUUCAGCCUGUCAGUUCAUUGCUGAACAGUGAUUAUGGAACUGGCUGUGUCUGGGGUGGAGCUGAGCUGCCUCCUUCUGGAGGCAGCUUCAGAGACGAGGCACGUGGGUCGGGAGUCCUUUGCUGAGGCUCCAGGGAAGAGCACUGGGGCAGGCCUGGUGGUGUCUGUGCUCCUGGCCCUGCCCCAGUGUUUGGUGGUGGUGGAGUCAGGCAGCCUGGUGUCAGGCUGGGGACCCCAGGCCAUGAUGGAUGCUAGAACCCCUGGGGCCCCUGGGCUCAGGGCAGGCAGCCCCUUCCCUUGACAGGGGAGUGGCUCCCAGCCUUCAUUCAAGGGAGAGGGUUAGACUAGGUACCAUAACUAUGGAUGUGCCUCCUCCAUCGCCAUGCAGGAACAGAGCUGUUACUGCCAUCUUGCCUGUUCCUAGCCCCUCCCUGCCUCGUGCCCAGUGUUGCUUAGCGUUCCGGUGGGGAGAUGGAGCCAGUGUCAGGAGGUUCAACCGCUGACUCGUCUUAAACUGACCCCGAGGUUGUAGAAGGAAGGGCCCAGCAGGCUGUGUGUAGGAACUGCCCUGCUAUGGAGCAAUCCCGGGAUGGCUCUGGUGAGGAUGAUGGCAGUGUACCCAGAGAGCAGAGGGUUCGAAUGCUUCCCAGCGCGCCCGGCUCCUCCGAGCCGCCUGGCCGCACAGCAGAGCACCUCUGAUAAAGUUGCCUUCCUGGAAUUGGGAUUAAUGUCGAACUUGCGCUUAAAAUCAUCUAGAGAUACGUUAUUACUCUCAUAGUUAAAGACAAAUAAACAGAUUUAAAAAAUAAACAUCUGUAACACAUUGUGACACGGCGGUGACAGGAGGUUUGGGCACAUCCUCAAGGAGUGUCUGUUCGACAGCCUCUGCCCCGCCUCCAGGCCCUGCCAGCUGUGAAACUCCAGCUCUUCUUGUUUUUCUAACAAAGUAGACACUGAUUUAGACACACUCUUUAAUAUCUGAGAGCUAAGAGUCCCAAAUUAAAAUGUGUAAAAAAAAGUGUUUUUUAAAAAAUUUAAAGUGUUAAAAACUUAUCCAAUAAAAAUAGGUAAGCUAAACAAAUUCUGAGUAAAAAAGGUAAAUUUACAUGUAUAGGAAUGUGCACAUUGUCGCUCCUUCCUGACAGGGCCAGUGCUUGGCUCUCUUCAGCGGUUCCUGCAUUCCGGCAUCCUCCGUAGUUAAAUAGCCUACAGCAUUUGUGCAGUUUUGCUGCUCAUUAAUUUCCUAAGAGCCUGACAGUCUGGAUUUCAUUGUUCGUACAGAAGCAGUUUUUUUUUUUCCUUUUUCUCCCCAACGCCCCCUGGUACAUAGUUGUAUAUUCUUAGUUGUGGGUCCUUCUAGUUGUGGCAUGUGGGACGCUGCCUCAGCGUGGCUCGAUG